AAAUAUUUCAAGAUCAUGGUCUUUACGUGCAUAGAAAUUCGACGUCGACAGUUGUUGGAUCUGUAUACAAUAUUUUUUUUAUGUGUAUUAGAAAAAGAACUAAUUGUAAAAUUUGGAGUUUGUUGCUGAAAUAUUAAAUUGCAAGAUAUAAUCAAUAAUUUUGUAUUCUAUAAAUCUCCAACCGUAUAUAUAUUUAUUUCAUUUGUAUAAUUUUCAGUUACAUAUUACGCAUCUACAUAACCCGUGUAUACGAUAAGGAUAGACAAUAUAUGUAUAAUGGAUAACAACGCCAGUCAGACAGUUGAUAAUCUAUGAAUCUGUGAAAAGAUUAUUUAGAAACGUUAAGAUAAUCUAUCUUCAAUAAUUUUAUUAUGAAUCUGUUUUAUCAAUAUUCCAAAGUUGAAUUUGCCGCACUUCCUGUUAUCGAUAAAUUAUUUAUACAUUAAAACGUACUGAAUUUUUCAUGUUAUAUAUAACGAGCCAGUACAUUCGUGCAACCCUAAUGCAAUAAUGCAAGUUAUGUAAUGCAUUUGUUUAAAAUUUCAGAGAAUUGAACAUUUUUUAUUGCACUUGAAAGAACUAAUUUUACUACACAGUAAAUAUAUUAGUUUUGAUAAUAUUAAUAUGUAUUUCCCGUAAGCGAAAUACGCGUCUCUCCAUUUCUCGAAAUCAUAAUCAAUCUUUUAUCUAUUUGAUGACAUGAUCACGUUUCCGUGUUAAUCGAUCACUCUGUCCUCCAGAUAAAUUUGUUGGCUACCAUUUACACCGCAAAGAUUCAUUGGGUAUUCAUUAGUCUGAUGAUCAAGAGCCACAUGUUAAUAUAAAGAUAAUUUUUCACGAGUUAUGACAAUCACACAAUUGCCUUUUUGUUCUCGCGUGGAUAUCGGUGUAGUUCGUCAAAUUGUAGCAGGCGUAUUAUGUACGUUUCUAAUGCUGGACAAUGGACUUCACGAAGGCUGGAGCACUUCAAUGAUACCAAAACUGAUGGGCGGUGACGAUCCGAUUCAAGUGACAUCAAAGCAAAGUGCGUGGGUCAUUAACUACCUCUCUGUUGGUGGUGUAACAGGACCACUUUUAGCUUUGUACUUGAUGGAUAAAAUCGGACGUAAAUGGAGUAUAAUUUGCGCGGCUAUACCAAAAACUGGCAGCUGGCUCUGUUUCGCAUUGGCAAACGACCACUCGAUACUUUAUUUGGGAAGAUUUUUCGCCGGCGUUGGUUCCGGUAUCAGCCUGUGUGUUAUUCCUAUUUAUAUCGGCGAAGUGACCGACAAAAGAACAAGAGGACCAUUGAGCACCUUCAUCGCGUUGAUGAACAAUGUUGGCAUCUUAAUCGCCUACGUAUUAGGUCUCUACCUGUCAAGAGUAUCGCUCUCGAUUAUCUGCAUCUGGAUACCAUCAAUUUUUCUCGUCUUGUUCAUCUGGAUGCCCGAAUCGCCGAUGUACCUGAGAAAAGUUCAUAAAGUCGCAAGGGCAGAAUCGGUACUGAGAUGGACCCUCGGCAAAGAAGAUAUCAGCCAAGAGAUGGAUGAAAUUGAAAAGAUAGUAUCAAACGAACCUGCCAAUUGCUUCGUUAAUGCAUACGUUUCCGUAAAGGAGAUUGUGCAGAGACGUGGCACGAGAAAGGCCUUCAGAAUAAUUAUCGUACUCUUCACGUCCCUAGUCUUUUCCGGUAUUCCAGCUAUCCUCUCUUAUCAAACAAACAUAUACAGCCAAGCAGGAAUGAAGGUAUCAACAAAUAUAAGCGUAAUAAUCACGGGCGUCGCCAUUGUGUUUGCAGGAGUAAUUUGUGUCUCAUUAGUUAAAUUCACUGGAAAAAGGAAGCUAUUAUUAAUUUCGGCUCCAACUACAACCGGCUGUCUCGUAGCACUGGCCAUAUUCUUCUUACUACAGUCACUUGGAGUCGACAUAACAGUUGUUAACUGGAUACCGAUGGUCUUUGUGAUACUUUACGUAAUCUCAUAUGGUGUCGGACUCGAUUCCAUUGCCUACUCGUAUCAGGGUGAAAUCUUUCCCGACAGUAUAAAAUCAUUUGCAGCCAUGUUCUGCGCUUUGUAUUACUCCUUCCUCUCCAUCUUGAUAGUAAAGAUAUAUCAGGAACUUGCCGAUGUCUUCGGUAUCCACGCGCCAUUAUGGAUCUUCAUUAUUGCCACUCUAAUCAACUGGCUUCUUAUAUACGUGAUCGUACCGGAAACCGAAGGUAGAAGUUUGUCGCAAAUUCAGAAACAAUUGCACGAGGAAAAGACGACUACGAAAGUUCUUAAGAAGUCAGCCAGCUACAUAUUUUCUUGACAACAUGCAAAUUCGCGAAAGUUGCUGUAAAUAUUUUUUACGACGCGGCGUGUGGCUCACGUGCCUCAAGAAAAGUGCGCGAAAGAGGAAGAAAAGAGUAAUCAUCUUUAUUCGACAAGAACAAGGAUCAUUCUGGCCUGCCUGCAACCUGGCUUCGCAAGCCAAUUCGUACAGACACGUUUAACUUUAUGCUCAGUCUUACGAGCGGAAAAUAAUCAGCGCUGAAAGCAUUCUAUUUGAAAAGGAAAAAUAAGUAACCGUAAUUCACGUUCCGAAGCUUAGUAUCAAAUAAGUACCACGGACAUAGCUAAGCUCGUGUUGUAAAUCCAGGAUAGUUGCUUUUCCUGCUUACCAUCAUACAUCAAACGAAGCCAAAUUAUGGAUUUUUAUUUAAACAACAACACUCAUCGAUGGAUCACUGUGAUACCAAAAGUCUGAACAAAGGCUUUUAUGAUGGAACCAAGAUAAAACCUGAUUUCAUAAUGAAACUCGUGUUAUUAUCAGUGGUUUGUUGUACUUGAAUAAGAGACAAGAAGUUUUACCGACGUUAUUAAUUUACUUCGUAUAGUGGCUAUGCGCGUAUGCGCGCAUAUUCAAUAACUGAGCAUGUAUUGCUGUGCGCGUGAAUUCUAUCAAAGUCACCAGCUUUGCUGGACAAUAUUUUCUGCCGGAUCUUUUCUUCACACGUACACCGAAAUACAUGCUUAGAUAUCUGAUGUGAAUAUGUACGCACGUAGGAAAUUUACGUGUCGUAUAUAGGAUAUCGAUAAGGGUAUCAAUAUCCUAUGAUAAGCUCUAGGGCCAAUGGCGUAGACGUUACAUACGUCUUAACAAGCAGUAAUUCACUUGUCGACUGGCUCUAAGACUUUUCAUCCGUGAUACUUGAACGUUAGACGACCUCGUGGUAGGUAGAAGUACCGCUAGCAGCUCGUUUGUUCUCCGGGUCAGUAGGGUGCAAACUCUGUCCCGUUGUAUUUGUAUACGAGAAAUGGUUGUCAACUGGAUACAAAAGCACUUGAGAUGAAAAACAUGUAUACGUGUGUACCAAGUGCCAUAUGCUGCAACGUAGCCGUCUUUGAGAUUACGACCUAGAAUGGUUUAAACAACUCUGAUCUGGACGACAUUGCACAACAUGAUGCCUAAUUUAAAAUAAUUACUUUUUUUUUUAUUUUAACGCACUCAUAUGUAAAUAUAUCAUAAGCUAGGAUAAUCGUAAUGGGUUUAUUAGAAAUCUCCAUGAAUCUUCAUAAAUUUUCUUAAAUAAUUUCAAAAUUAUCUUUACCUCAUUUCUCCCGUACAGUUUGUGUGAAUUGUUUAACGAGCAAGAAUCAUCUUACAAUUUAUAAUUUCAUCGAUAUCGUAUUCUGGUCCAGUACAGAAAUAAAAUAAAUUAAUCCAAAGAAUUAAA